UGUUGGAGUGUGUGUCUCUGUUUGUGUGACAGUCGUUUCAAACAGUUGUCAGACACACACACAGGGAGCGAGCACCGGUCAGUGUCCGCCUCACGAUGCUGUGCGCUCGGAUGUGGAGACGCCCGGUUCCUCUCCUCUGCGGAGGAGCGUGGAGACGAACCCGGAGCCACGUCGCCGCUGCUGCCGCUGCCAGGCUGGACCUCAGCGGCAUCUACCCGCCCAUCGCCACCCCCUUCACCGCCGGGGAGGACGUGGACCACCGCGCGCUGGAGGGGAACCUGCAGAAAUAUGCCAGGAUUCCGUUUAAAGGUCUGGUGGUGCAGGGCUCCAAUGGAGAGUACCCCUACCUGACGGAGGAGGAGCGGGUGGAGGUGGUGAAGACGGUCAGACGCUCGCUGCCCGCCGACAAACUGCUGAUGGCCGGAUCAGGCUGUGAAUCCACCCGCGCCACGGUGCAGCUCACGGAGAAGAUGGCGGCGGCCGGAGCCGACGUGGUCCUGGUGGUGAACCCCUGCUUCUACAAGGGCAAGAUGGACGCUCGCGCUCUGAUCCAGCACUUUACCAAGGUGGCGGACAGCAGUGCGGUGCCGGUGGUGCUCUACAGCGUCCCGGCCAACACGGGCCUGGAGCUGCCGCUGGACGCCGUGGUGCAUCUGUCCCAGCAUCCGAACAUCGUGGGCCUGAAGGACAGCGGAGGAGACAUCACUCGGAUCGGCCUGAUUGUUCACAGAACCAAGGAGCAGGACUUCCAGGUGCUGGCGGGCUCGGCCGGGUUCCUCAUGGCCGCCUACUGUGUCGGUGCAGUGGGGGGGGUGUGUGCUCUGGCGAACGUCCUGGGCGCCCAGCUGUGCGAGCUGGAGCGUCUGUGUGUGUCCGGUCGCUGGGAGGAAGCCAGAGUCCUGCAGCAGCGCCUCAUCGAGCCCAACGCCGCCGUGACCAGGAAGUUGGGAGUCCCCGCCCUCAAACAGGCGAUGGAGUGGUUUGGUUUCCACGGCGGCGCCUGUCGGUCACCGCUGCAGCCGCUGUCAGACGCCGAGACGCAGCAGCUGAGACGGGACUUCACGUCCAACGGCUGGCUGUGAGGUGUGUGUCUGUCUGUGUGUGUCUGUGUGUGUGUGUGUGUUAGAGAGAGUGUGUGUGUCUUCACUUGUGUCUGUUCAGUCCUCAGGUCCGUGUGACACGUGGUCGAGGAACAGCAAGAGAAUAAAUCUGAUUCUGCCUCACAGCUCAAAAUCUCCCAAUAAAUCCACUUUCUCCUGUUUUGAUUUAAUAUACAUGUAAAAUUAAAUAACUGUAACUUUAAUUUGACUGAAUGUAAACGAUUCAAUGUGUUUUAGGUUUUCUGACAAACUCAUUAAUGUCUGUGUCAGAAAAUCACAUUUAAAGCUUCAGGAUCAAUUGUUGUAAUAGAGAGAGAAACGACUGAACCUGUUGAAGAAGUGAUGAUGAAUCGAUCUGUGUGCGACUCGCUGCUACAACAAUAAUAAAACACACAAUAACCAACACA